AGAAUGUCUGCGCCCACCAAACUUCAUGUUUACCUAAAGUUCUAAACAACUUCAUGUUUACACUCAGUGGUUGUUGUAAUUUAUUGUAAACCACGUUUCACGCAAGAAAAAUGCCUGGAUACGUCUGGUUAUUUAUUGCGGCUAUUAUAUUGUACUUUGUCAUUUCCAGGCUUGUUAAGUUUUUAAUCCAGCAAUGGCUCUCAGUGAAGUUCCAUUUGACUGUACACAUAGGAAAAAUUGGAUUCCUAAAACUGUACAAUGUCUCCUUGCUACUCCGCAACGAUGCAAAAGUGGAGAUCGACGCAGUCUGGAUUUCAAGCAGCUUAGUGAAUGCCAAUGUCAGCACACUUAUAGCCCUGUGCGUGGAAGAGGUCAGAGUUCAAGCAGACCUGCACAAUAAGCAGAUGAGAAAGAAGAAGAAGAAAGUUGGAACCCAUGAGCCAGAUGCCAUGGAAAGCAAGUUAGUACGGGCAAUUGUGUCAAUGAUGCCAUAUAUGUCCAUACGGAUCAGUGAUGUCAGUGUGGUGUUGCUCAGAGCUGUCUUUCAAGAUUGCUUGCUCCAUUCAACAGUGAACGAGUUCUCACUAUCCUGCACUCAGGAGGAUUCUGUACUUAAACUGAUAAUACAUAUCAUGACAGCAUCUACAAAAGUAUUGAGAAGCGUGGAGAAGUUUCAGCCCGGUGAGCAGCAGCCGUGUAUCAUAGAUGUGACUACUAACAGUACCUUACACAUUCACGUCGGCACGCGGGGCGGCUUCUCCCUUCUAAAGCUCAAACUCGGUGUCUCUAAACCUCAAGUGCUGAUCAACGAAGGGUGUAUGUCUGUCGUCAAAGUGGCACCACCACAGCCGGAGAAGGAAGAACAGGAGGAUGUUGAGGAUACGGAAGCUGAGCAUAUGACAACAAACUGGAAAUACUUCCCUGAAGUGACCCUUCUGAAUGUGGAUGGCACAAGGGUGGCUGUGCUGAGAGAAAGUGGACAAAGGUUGCUGUCACACGUACACGCCUGCAGUUAUGCUGGAUGUUCUAAUGUUUACAGGAGUGUCACACUCACGAUAGAAACAAUCCAGUUUGAUUCGACAUUGCAACCAAUGUUAAAUCCUAGUCAGCAAUCACCAGCAGCUCAAUAUGACGUCAUCAUUAAAGACGUGCUCGUGAAUGCGACAUACGUGAGGCUACUGUCAUGUAACAAGUUUGCUGUGAAGGGUGAGGUUGGGCGUGGUCACCUUCAACUGCUGGCGCAGGUAUCUGCCUGCCAUGCCCAUUACCAUGAGGACAUCAUUGCCUACUGGAGCACAGUCAUCCCAACUCUCAGUCCAAGUAGGAGCCAGACCAGCAAACACAAAAUGAGCAGGUCGCUGUUCUGGGCAGCGGUCAGAACCUGGCAGGUGAAAGUCAGUGCUGAGAUGUCCGAUGCCUCGCUGCUGACGACGUUCACCGGCUGUCCGGCCGCAAUCACCUCGUUCACCAAGGCCAAGUUAGCAUGGGAGAGGCAGGGCAUAGAUGAGGCUAGCACCCCACCCACCUACAGUGACAGGUUAGAGGGUUGCAUCGAGUCACUUCUUAUGCACACUGCUGGGAAACCAGACUGCAGAGUGAGUGAUGGAACAACCACUAUGUGGCAGCACCAGUGGAACACACCGCUGUUUCUUGGAAUCUGUAUAUUUAAGCUGAGCAAGUCGGACCCCGUCGUGAGUUUCCAUGGCACUGUUGAUAAUCUUCAACUAGAGUGCUGCCCUCCAGUGUUGGCAAUUGCAAAGCACAUUAUACAGGUGGUCAGCAAGACGCGGCUUGGGUCCGAUGAUAAAGACGUGACGCUUGACACUCAUAUGUCAACAGCAGCCGCACAACCGAAGCUGACCAUUGGAGAUUUUAACAUGAGCUUCAAUUACAUUUACCUAUUCAUGACUGGAAGCAAUAAAGUCUGCGUGAUGACGACUGUUAACAGUCUCAAAGUGGAUCAACAGGAUAGCAAGGUGUUUGUGGCGCAGGAGGCAACUCGACUCUACCAGUUCCUACAACAAGGAAAGAUGGCAACGGUGGUGAGUUUGGACAAACUUGCAGACCAUCUAUGUGAAUUACCAGUAAUCAGACUCAGUUAUAAAAGCCAGACUAAGGAUGUGAAUUUGCAACUGCUAGAUGACAUUCAUCUUUGCUGGAACACCAACCUUCACAUGUCCUUCAUCAGUCUAGCAGAAGAGUUACAGGAGUUCAUCACCUAUGCUGAAGGGAUGUUUCCUAGAGAAGACGAAACGUCCUUAAAUGCUCCAAGCUCCAAGCCAGCCAGCAUACAUGCGAGACUGCGUGGAUCCAUCUGUGUGGAGCUGAAGUUGUCCAGUGAACAUAGGGUAAUGGCGCUUGCCGGAGAGGUCACGCUUGACUGGCAGUUGAAACAGCUGACAGCCAAGAUGGGCAAGCUGCAUAUCUACUGUGACGACUUGGCCGUGUUCACGCUGGAGGACAUCUCGCUCGGCAGCCUUCACCACAGCGACCAGAUGAGAUUGGAGCGUGAGAGCUGUGAGGACCUGCAGCAGAGGACCAACCGUGCCUGGUCUGUCACCAUAGCAACCGGACAGAUAGUCUUUCCCCAUGGUUACAACUUCGCCAAGACGCACCAAGAGGCAAUCAACAUAUGGAAGUGGCUGAAGCUAGUGCAUCAGAUGAUGCCGCGCCCGUUCACAGCAGACAGCCCACUGCCGGCCGAUCUUCUCAUACGAGUGCGAAGCUUCUCUGUGCAGGUUAACGACGAUCCGUUCGAAGUGAAGCUCAGGGACAACUUUGAGCUGCUGAUAGAUGAAUACAUGGAGAGCGAAAAGAGAAGACAGAUGUUAGACAGCAAGAUAGGGGAACUCAGAAAAACACACCUGCUGUUACCUGGUGGCAAGGUCGAGGAGCUGUACGAGAUACCUGAUGAGGCAAGAACGCCAAGACAUCGACCUGCAUGCUCCAAUUCCCGCGAGGAAGGCAUGGAGUUCACGACAACUGUGGUGCCGCGUGAUAACGCUGCCAGCUGCCACGUGGCUGUUCCAUACUCAGGGAUCCCGCCACGCCCUCAUGCUUCCGACACAGUGAGAUCGCAUUACGAAAAUGCACAUGUGAGGUUGGCGGCCCCCCUGGGCAAUAAUGACAGUCGAAAAGAAGAUAGCCAGACCCUCAAGUUUAUCCAUGACCUAAAGCUGUAUAUAGAGCAUUUACAGCACAUGGGUACGGUGGCAUGCUGGACGCGCGUUCUCUCAGUAGCAACUCGCCACAGACAGCUGAUCAUUCAGCGCUCAAAAGCAGAUGCCGAGCCCUCGUCUGGCCUACUGGGACACAACAGGCGUCUGCCUGGCUUCACGGCGCGGCUGCGGUCUCCAAUGGUUAACGUCGGCGUGGCUAAUGCAACGCGUCGCGAGAAUCCUACAACACGCGGGGGAGUGGGAAUUGGACGUGGUCGAGUCUCGUGCCUCGACUGGACUAAAGGCAAGUGGGGUGCUGAGAGGACAACUGGACAUCUACUCGGCACGGACGUCGAAAUACGACGACUGGGCCGGCAUGCUGCAUCUUCCCAACCUGCGACUCACAACGCUGAGUGGACUAGCAGGGCACAUCGUCCAUUCCCCGAGGAAGGCAUGGAGUUCACGACACUGUGGUGCCGCGUGAUACGCUGCAGCUGCCACCGGUGGCUGUUCCAUCUCAGGGAUUACCCGCGCCCCAUGCUCGACAUCAGUGAGAUGUACGUGUGGGGUCGCCUCAUCGGUGCCGAACAGGAUGCAGCGAAGCGAGCAAUACGAGAAUGCACAGUGGAGGUUGGCGCCCCCUGGGCAAAUAUGACAGUCGAAAGGAAGAUGCCAGACCUCAAGUUUUAUCAUGACCUAAGCUGUGAUAUAGAGCAUUACAACAUGGCGUACGGUGCAUGCUGGGAACCGGCGUUCUCUCAGUACAACCUCGCCACAGACCUGAUCAUUCAGCGCUCAACAGAUCCGAGCCCUCCGCUGCCUUACUGGGACAAACAGCGUCUGCUGCUUCACGGCCGGCUGACGGUCUCCAUGGUAACGUCGGCGUGGCUAAUGCACGCGUCGCGCGAUCCCUACAACACGGCGGAGGAGUGGGAUUGGACGUGGUCGAGUCUCGUGCUCGACUGGACUAACGGCAAGUGGGUGCUGAAGGGAGACCUGGACAUCUACUGCCGCACGGAGUCGAAAUACGACGACUGCCGCAUGCUGCAUCUUCCCAACCUCACCUACACUGUCAAUGACACUGAGGCUCACCACAAAAAAGAGGAAGUCGCGAAGGAAGUCCAAAUACAUGACUCGUAUCGGGCGUUUCGCUCUGAGAACCUGAACAUCAGUGUCGGGUUUGAGACGAGGCCAUCUGCUCAUCACCAUAGCGACAAGAUACCGGCGGGGCUGUGGUACGCAAGCACCCUGCGCUGGUUCGACAAUCUACAGACAAUACAAAGUGAAAUCUCUCGACCAAUCAGAAGAGGCAAGGUGUUUAGGAAUGUGAGACCACCAAAGAAACUCCUGAGUCGUCACUAUAAACACAUGACCCUGUUGCUGAACUUCCACGAGUUCGAGGUUUGCUACUGGACGUCGUUUGCGAAGCAGUGUGGGAUUGAGCUACGCAGCAGUGGUGGCAUCUCUCUGUGCACCGAGUACCUACAGCGGCUCAUUUCCUAUAAAGAUGGGUUGAUACAGCGCCCUCGGUUGGAGAGAAAUGUGGUUUACAUGAAUUGUGAGCUGAAUAAUGCUGAGAUACACCUGCAGAGUGCAGCACCAUCUGCUAAGAAGGAAGCAGAAAAGAAUGUUUCGAUGAGAAAUCCAGUGAAUAGGAACUAUUUCCUCAGCGUUGCGAGGGUGGCGUACGGGAGAGAGGCAGUGGUGCCUGACAUGAGCGGGACGCCUCAGGAUGACACGCCCAACCACCGGCUGGUGGUUCACCACCUGAUGGCGCUGUGGGACAUCGUCAAUCGCAAUGUGGUUCUCGCUCUGUAUGACAGCUACACUAAGGCAGAGCAGCUAAAGUACAACCUGUCUGCAGAUACCCUGAAAAUACUGAAGGUGGACACUGGCAUGACACCAGUGAAACCUCGUAACCAUAUGUCUGACGUGUCUAGUGCUGCCACCUUGCAUGCUGCUGCCGUGGCGACGCCGAGCCCGAUGAGCAAGCUACAGAGCAGUCACGUGUCGUCGAUGCUGCAGCAGCUCGUUUCAGAGGCUGACAGCAAGUUCUUUGCUCUUCACGAGGAGCCCACUGCAGGAAUUGUUGAGCAGCUGCAAGGUGUUGCUGCCUGCCAGACGGAUGAUGUCACUCACAAGAACUGGCUGAUUGAGCUGAUCAACAGUCAGGUGAUGCUGAAGGGAUGCGAGACAUCCGGCUACGUGAUAAUGAGCGCUGCUAAGACGCAGAUCCUGCAGCGACAGCACAAGCCCGUGUGGCGACACAGGCAACUCUACACGAAGACCACGUGGGUCGGCUCGCUCGACAGCAUGCAGUACUACGCGACGGUGUACGUGGAUCGCAGCAGCACGCAGGAUGUACGCUGGCUCACUGUGGACAACAUAGAUGCUAAGGACACCGCGCCGCGCGACACCGUGUCCGACAUGGUGGGCAGCGGCCAGAGUGUGGGCGGGGUCAUCACCGAUACCGUAGGAGCUGCCUCUCAGAAGAGUAAGAAGGAGAUUCAGCUGCAGAGGGUCGUAUCGCGCUGCGGCUGCCACUUCUUCUAUGCUCACUAUGCUGAACACAUGAAUCCUGAUGACUUGGAGGAGGUUCCACCACCUCCAUCAGACGAACUAUGGAAUCGUGAGGAGGCGACGGAUUCGUUCACUCUCACCCAUCAGGAACUGAACAUCUGCACCAACUCGCUGCAGUAUGACAUGAUCCUAGACAUCAUUAACAACCUGCUGCUGUAUGUGGAGCCUCGGAAGAAGGAGCAGUUCAAGAAGCUGCAGUCGAUGAGAUUUCAGCUGCAACUGUGCAGCAUAGAAGACCAGCGCAGCCCUAUCCUGCAGAUACAAACCAAAGUCAGGCAACUGCAGUUGAGACUACGCAGUCUGGAGAGGCAACUCUACCUGUUGUAUCGACAGCAAGAUGGCGACUCCAGCAGUGCGUCUGCGCUGUACCGACAACAGGAUAGUGACCAUGGCAACCAGUCUGCGAUGCACUGGCAUCAAGAUGGCGACUCCGUCAGCCAAUCUUCACUGCACAGCCAACAAGAUACCAGCUCCACAAGCCAGUCCUUGUUAAAUCAGAUGAGCCAGCUGGAAAGUCAGAUCGAUGAGUACAAGGAGAGCCUGAACGCGACCAACGAAGAGCUAGGAAUCAUGAUCAGCUGUUUCAAGGAGAGUAUGCUGCACAGCGAGUCCAAACCGAAGGCGACCAAGGACCCGGACAAGGUGUCGGUGCGUCAUCGCUUCGAGGUCUGCUUCAAACAUGCUCAGUGGCGUCUCACGGACAGCGACGGCCAGCUGGGCAUCGCCGACGUCGCACUGCGCAAUUUCUUGUACACCCGCACUAACAAGGACAACGACUCUGGAGAACACCUGAUGGAGUUGAGUUACACAAAGAUGACCAACCUGCUGCCUCACAGCGCAUACAGGGACGUGGCGAUGCCAAAGGACACCAGUGGGAAGCACCUGCUCCUACGGAUCUUCUGCAGAGAUAGGCAGCCAGUUGGAGGAAUUUCGAUUAAGGAACAUUUUGAAGUGAAUGUCGCUCCUGUCUCCAUACAACUGACCUACCAGUUCUUUAAGACCAUGAUGCAGUUCCUGUUCCCGGGACGUAACAUAGAAGGCUCUGAUGACAACUUGGAUGGGGGAUCACAACCGGAGGUGGAGAAGAAGAAGGUGAUGAAGAGACCUCUAAGCAGUGGCAGGAUCGAGUCACAGGACAUCGAUGACAUUCACAAGAUGAGGGAGAGAGCCGCCAAGAACAACUUGUUCAUGUACAUUAAGCUAACGGAGGUGCCCAUGCGAGUCAGCUACAAGGGGGAGAAAGAGAAGAACAUUGAGGAUGUCAAUGACUUCAGCAUCGUCAUGCCAACGCUCGAGUAUCACAACCAGAUGUGGACUUGGUUGGACUUGGUCAUGGCGAUCAAGAACGACAACAAGCGAGCACUACUGUCACAGGCAAUCAAACAGAAAAUACUGAAGCCAAGCCGAGUGGACGACAGCCAACAUGGAGCUCUUCAGCAGGAGACAGACAAGGCCAAAAUGCUAAUGGGGGCCAAAGUUCUAAGCAGUGACAAACCAUCCAGUAAGAAGAGCUUGUUUGGGAAAUCUAGCAAGCAGUGAUGUAGCAGUUGCCACAAAGUUACUUCAGUAAACAAUGCGGUCUGUGCCAAUAUUUGCUUGCAUCAUUUUUACUUCUUCUUGUUUUGAACUUCAGUAGGACAUUCACACUUAUUUAUGACAUUGUAGGUGAAACUGAACAUUUUACUAGAGGAUUUAAAUGUCCUGUUUGUAGUUUUGUGGUUUUAAAGAAAUGUAAAUUUAGUUGUUACAAUUGUUAGGUGCUCAGCUGUUAUGCAAAGUUUAUGAUUUUGAUAAAGAUGAUCAGUUCACAAAUUGCUCAGCAUCAUAAUUUCGUUCUAUACUUCAAGAAGAUGAUCAUGAUAUUUAAAUAUAAAAAUUUGGUAGCUACACAA